AUGUCUAAUGGAGAUGAAGAUGAGAGUGGCGAAGAUGACGACGAUGAUGAUAAAGAUGACAGUUGCGAGGACAACGAUAAUGACAAUAAAGACGACAGUGGAGAAGACGACGACGAUGACGAUGAAGAUGGCAGUGGCGAAGAUGACUAUGAUGACAAUGAAGACGACAGUGGAGGAGACGACGAUGAUGAUGACGAUGAAGAUGACAGUGGCAAAGAUGACGAUAAUGACAAUGAAGACGACAGUGGAGAAGACGACUACGACGAUGGUGAAGAUGACAGUGGCGAAAAUGAUGAUGAUGGCGGUGUAGAUAGCAGUGGUGAAGAUGAGGAUGAUGACGAUGAUGACAACGAAGAUAACAGCCGUGAAGAUGAUGUUAACGAAGUGGACGAUGAUGGCGAUAGCGAUUACAAUCGUGAAGGUGAUUAUGAUGACAAUAAUUAUGAUGGUGACGAUGAAGAUGGCAUUGGUGGAGAUGAUGAUGCUGACGAUAUAAAUGAUAGUGACGAAGGUAGCGAUGAUGACGAUGGAGAUGACACUGGCGAGGAAAGCGAUAAAGAGGAUGGAGAUGAUAGUGCCGAAGACAACGGUGAAGAGGAGGUAGACGAAGAAGACGAUAAAUAUGACAGAGGCGACGAGACACAUGACGAUGACGACGAUAACGACGAUAACGACGAUAACGACGAUGAGGAUGACAGUGGGGAAGACGACGACGAUGAUGAUGAAGAUGACAGUGGGGAAGAUGACAACGAUGACGAUGAAGACGACAGUGGCGAAGAUGACGCUGAUGGCGAUGGAAGUGACAGCAGUGAGGUCAACGAUGAGGAUAACAAAGAUGACAUUGGUGAGAACGAUAAUGAUGACGAUGAAGAUGACAGUGGUGAUAUUGAUGAAGAUGACGAUGGAGUUGACGUUUAUGAUGAUGGAGAUGAAAUUGACGAGGAAAGCCAUGAUGAAAAUGAAAACGAUAACAUAGAGCCACUUUAUUUAUUUUGCCAAGUAGCGCAUUACCAGUUAAGACAGAAGGCAAAAAGGCCAGCUUGGUCAUGA